GCCCGCUGGUCCCAGGUCUUGGGAGGCGGUCGCCGAUAGUGGCAGGGACUUUGGCUUUGGCCAGAUGUCUCCUAACCCACGUCACCAGCUUGUAAGCCUCGCACCAAAUCAGAGGGCGGCGCUUGCCGGGAGCCCCGGGCGUCACCCGGAGCUCCCUUAGAUUAGAACUCGCCUCUCCUAGCUCCUCCCCUCAGUCCCAUUUAAAGCUCCCACCGGCUUUCCCGAAAAAAUUAAAAGAGUGGGCUCAGUUUCUGCAGCGCCUUCUUCCAGGGCAAGAUGAACACCGUUCUGCCUUGCCAAGACCAGUACUUUGUAGGAGGCCAGAGCUAUAAUUGCCCGUAUUCUGGUACAACGUCAGAAUCUAGUGUUGACGUUUCCACGGAGACUUGGGUCUCUUUCUGGGCUGCUGGUCUCCUGGACAACAGAGAGCCCCAACAAGCACCACAGGCACAGGAAUCAUCCAGUGACUCGAAUUUCCCUGUUCUUAAUUCGUGUUCAUGGGAAGAGGCUCAGCUUUCCUCUCAGCUCUACAGAAACAAGCAGCUCCAAGAUACUCUGGUGCAGAAGGAAGAAGAACUUGCUAGGUUACAUGAAGAGAAUAAUCAUCUCAGACAAUACCUGAAUUCUGCUUUAGUUAAAUGUCUUGAGGAAAAAGCCAAGAAAUUGCUGUCAUCAGAUGGGUUCUCCAAAGCAUGUGGAAAAUUCAGAAAGGAGAAGAGGAAACCCAAAGAGCAAAGAUAUUUUCCUCCUGAGAUUCCCCAUCAUAAAAAUGCCAAAAGAAACCUCUCUAGUGAAUGUGCUAACUGUGAACAACCUGGGCCCCCUGUGGAUCCCUGGGUUCUUCGAACACUGGGGUUGAAAGACCUCAACACCAUUGAUGACACCUCAUCAGCUAACUACAGUGCCCUCUCGUCUCAUCCCAGACGGACCACAAGCACAUUGCCCCAGUUUCUGGAUGAUGCAGUUGAUUAUCUCAGUGCCUCCGGGGAAGAUCUGCCAAUUGACUAUGGCGGUGACAGAACAAACCCCUCACACAGCACUGCCAGCCACAGGGAAGAUUUUCACUUCCUUUCUCAACUUUCAAAUCCCCCAGGAGGACUACAAACUCUUCCUUACUAUUCUUCUGACGUGUUACCCAAUAAGACAGAGAUGGCCUUUUCCACAUCCCUGAGCCCUCACUGUAAUGUGAAAACUCACUCCUUCCACCAGGGACAAGCCUUUGUUCGUCGAGAUGAAGAGGGAGGCUGGAAGUUUACCUGGGUCCCUAAGCAGUCUUAGUGAUCCCCUCCUCUAUCACAAAGGACUGCCAUGAACUUUGUUUACAAGACCUGUCUUGCACUUGAACCUGACUAUGUGGAAAAUGCAAGCUAUUGCCCAGACUGUCUCCUGCCACUUCAAAUGUCACUCUCAAUUACCCACUUAAAUCUGCAGGGAAUGGCUUCCAGGAAUCUAUAAUGAAACAUGCCUGCUCUUCUUUCACCUAAAUUUGACUUGUUUACACACCCACACCUGCUGUUGACUUCCUUCCUUGGCCCUAUACUUGAAAAGGUAUUUUCCAAUUGCCUGAAUAUUCCUUGUAGACCUACACGUGCCGUUCCAAUUAUAACAAGUCUAAAAGCUUUUCUUCUUUCAUCAGACAGUUUAAAUGUUCACAGCCUUCACCUUUCCACUUUUAUUUCUCUCCUGUUCCUCUUCAUUUCUAAAAACUGCCUUUGAAAUGAGCAUUAUAAUUGCUCCACAUACCUGUUAUUGGGUGUUCAAAUAACUGGGGGUGGGGUAGAAGCAAGAAUCUUUGCCCAUUCCCAUUCCUGAAGACAUAAUGUAGGUGUGAGUAAUGUUAUGUGUAGUGCAGUUCAUUAACUUGAGUGUCCCAUCAUGGAGCUGACAAAAAAAUCUCUUCAACACCUGGAAAUCUACUGAUAAGCAACAACAUUGAUAAAUUAAAAGAUAAAAGAGAAAGAAAAUUACUUCAAAAUGCCUGCAUGGUGUAUCAGCUUCUAUGGGAACCUGGCAUUGUGUCUGCAACCAACAUCACUCAAACAAGAAGAUUUUUGAGGGACUCGUGGUAACAGAAUAAGUCACUAUCCUAAACUAAUUAGAUGCUGAUACACUUCUAUUCCUGGGAGUAGAGUCUAGCCUAGCUCUGACACUGUCUUACUUAUCCAUUCAGUCAUUUAUGUGUUCAUUUGUUCAUUCAUCAACACACCCAAAAUAUUUGUAGAACACCAACUGUGUACCAGGCAUUGUGCUAUGGGGUGAUGAUAAAAUGUGAACAAGUUAGAUGCUGUGGCCACCCUCAUGCGACUUAGACCCACUCAUCUGCUGUGACCUUGAGAAAGCUACUUCCUUGGUAUGAAAAUUCAGUUUUCCCAGCUGUAGAAUACAGAAGUCAAAGUAGAUAAUCACUGACAUUCUUUUUUUUUUUUAAAUUUAUUUUAUUUAUUUAUUUUUGGCUGCAUUGGGUCUUCAUUGCUGUGUGUGGGCUUUCUCUAGUUGUGGUGAGUGGGGGCUACUCUUCGUUGUGGUGUGCAGGCUUCUCAUUGCGGUGGCUUCUCUUGUGUGGAGCACCGGCUCUAGGCACAUGGGCUCAGUAGUUGCGGCAUGUGGGCUUCAGUAGUUGUGGCUCGCGGGCUCUAGAGCACAGGCUCAGUAGUUGUGGCACACAGGCUUAGUUGCUCCACGGCAUGUGGGAUCUUCCUGGACCAGGGCUCAAACCCUUGUCCCCUGCCUUGGCAGGCAGAUUCUUAACCACUGCGCCACCAGGGAAGCCCAAUCACUGACAUUCUAUAAAUUGAGCCUGGGUCCCAUCAGCUUUACUCCAACACUGCCAUCCCAGGGCACUGUUCUCUGCUUUUGAUUGGCAUUGCAGAUAUGUUGGGUGAACUUUUUUGUAUACAAUUUUUUUUAAAUGUGAGCCAUUUGUAGUUAACACUAGGAAUCAUUGCUCUGAUCACAGUUUUCUUUUUCUGGUAUAAGCCCAUUUUGGGGUUAAUUCAGUCUGUGUGAGAACAUGCAUCUAAAAAAUAGAGACAUUAUUUUCUAAAUAAGUGUGCAUAGAUUUAAUGGAAAUAUUGACAUCAAAGAUCUCUCUUUCUAGAUUAAAAAACAUGCAUUCUUCAUGUUCAUGCUAGUUCUCCUUCUUUCCAAUUCCCCAAGCUCCCUAUCCUUCCCAGAAUAAGUUAGGCAUCAAAGAUGUGCACCUAUGAUUUUUUGGGGACCAAACUUCAGUUGAUGGUAAGACCCACCAUGUUGUACGUCUUUCCCAUUUGUCUUUAUUCCACCCUUCAGUAAGUCAUCUGUACAAUCAAUGCCUGAGAGCAUGAGUAUUCUAUUUAGAAUUCUUUGUGACUAAGACAUGUCUUUUGUUUUGUUGCUGUUUGGUUUUUUGCUUUAUUUUGGUGAUGUGGACAAAUGAUCUAUUUUAUAAAGUUUUGCUACCACCCAGUUUUCUUUAUAAUCCGUGAAGGGGAAUCAAAUAUAUUAAUCAUUUUCAUGACUUGGGAAGAAAUAGAACACAUUCUAUUUUCUAAAAACAAAAACAAAAACAAAAAAGUGCCUUUUACAUUCUAGUAUCUGUUCCCCUGUAUGGUGAAAUUUCUCUCUUUUUAUUACAAAUAUAAGAAUUAGAAUUGACUGUGAUUUAAUAGUAGGAAUCAAGAAAGCAACAUAAAUAUUUUGAAAGUCUAAAUGAUCAAGCUGUAAAACAAAAUUGAUUAGUCAACAAAUUAUUUUGCAUUUUUUAUGUGCUUCAUCAUGUGUUAGGUACUAUGAGGAAGUACCCAGGCUUAGCACAUUUGGUACAUACAACAAAGCCACAUAAAAUGUAAUAGCUUUUAGGUGAAACUUGGUCUCAGCCCAAUUUAAAGAAAUUACAGCACAUUUGUGGUAAAUGAUAACUCGCUCUGACUUAUGCAGGAGAAAAUUACCACAUAUUCUUACAAUCAUAUCUAUAGGCAUUUGAUAUUCACUGGAAUUAUGUAUAGAAACUUAUUUUAAUGAUGUUUG